CAUGCCUGAAACCAGAUUGCAGCCAUGCCACAGCACCUGACGCUGCUGCUGGAAUGUCCUGUUGUAAUCGCUCUCAUUUUGAUCUCUGGUAUUGGCGGAACCUUUCAGUAUGGAUUCUGUGUAUGUUCCAUGACCUCUCCCUCUGAUUUCAUAAAGGAGCUGGUGAACAAAACUUGUGUGCAGAGAUACAAUGUGUUCUUGGAGCAAUGGCAGGUGUCUCUCAUUUGGUCCUUUGCUGUAUCUAUUUUCUGCAUUGGGGGGUUAUUUGGCUCAUUGGUGGCGAGUCAACUGGUCUCAAAGUGUGGCAGAAAACAAUGUUUGCUGUUCAAUAAUAUUUUUGCUGUAACUGGAGGUGUGCUGAUGUUUCUGAGCCAAAGAGCCAUGUCGUUCGAGAUGAUCAUGGUGGCGCGUUUACUCUAUGGCAUCAACGCAGGAGUCAGUUUCUCCGUUCACACGUUAUACGUCACUGAAUGCUCCCCCAAGAAGCUGCGAGGGAUGGUCAGUGUGACUAGUUCUACUUUCAUUUCCAUAGGGAAGUUCUCCGCGCAGCUGCUGGGGAUCAGUGAGAUAUUCGGCACAGAAGACAUGUGGCCCUGGCUGCUUGGUUUUAACUGCUUCACUGCACUAAUCCAGCUCCUCACGCUGCCUCUCCUCCCAGAAUCUCCCAAACACCUGCUGCUGGAUAAAGGAGACCGACAGGCCUGUGAGAAAGCUUUACGGAGGCUGUGGGGCCACAUGGACUACAGCAUGGAGGUGGAGGAGAUGCUGCAGGAGAAAGCUGCUCUACAGAACACCCGAAGCCACACCGUGAUGGAGCUGAUCAGCAACAAAUCACUACGGUGGCAACUCAUCACUGUCAUUGUUACCUUCACUACAUUACAGUUCUGUGGCAUCAGCGCUGUGUUAUUUUAUUUGUUUGAGGUGUUUCGUGCGGCAGGAAUCCGUGAGCACCAGUUGUGUUAUGUUGCUAUGGGAACAGGACUGUGCGAUUUGCUCACCGCUCUGGCCUGCUUCAUGAUCGUUGGGAGGAUAGGGAAGAAAGCUCUGCUCUUCAAAGGAUACAUGGGGAUGUCCACUACACUCGUUCUUCUCAUCAUCACUUUAUACCUGAAAGAUAAGGUGUCCUGGAUGCCGUAUUGUAGCAUGGUCCUCGUUUUUAUGUAUAUCAUCUGUUUUUCCAGUGGACCGGGUGGAACAACAGUUUCUCUUCCAGGAGAAAUAUUCACUCAGUCGUACAAAUCUGCUGCAUUUACCAUCGCCUGCAUGCUCAACUGGAUAGGGAUGUUUUUACUGGGGAUAAUAUUCCCUAUAUUAGUGGACAGUCUGGGCUACUUUUGCUUCAUCAUAUUCCGUUUUUUCUGCACCACCGCUGGACUGUUCGUUAGGCUAUACGUGCCAGAGAUGAAAAAUCUGACAGUGCUGCAGAUCGCCGAGGAGUUCCAGAAGCUUCACUGCAGAUCUGCACAAAAACUCAACAAACAGCAGCAGAGCAGGAUCAAAAUAUGUCAGACCAAAUUCUAAUUCUGGUCAAAUUCAAGUGUGAAGC